CGUCAAUUCUUAACGGUCGCCGCUGCCUCCUUCAUUUCCAUAUUCAAUCCGUUUUCUAUCUCAAAGGGGGGAUCAUUAUUCAAGCUCUCUAAUUUCUCUGGAUUCAAGGCCUCUCCUUUUAGGUUGGUUUUUUGGGUGUUAACUAUGUACUGUUCAUGCUCUUGUCGGUUUUAGUGUGAAUAUGGUUGAUUGAUGAAACUUUGUUGGUAUUAUUGUGGUGGGGAUUGCACCAUGAAGAUAUUUACGAGAUUCAUCAGUGGUUUUGUGGAUUGAUUGAUUGAUGGAUCUACUACACUGCUGGUUUUUUCUGUUGAUUCGUGAAGAUGUCAAUAUGGAACUUUUGUUGACUGUUAGGGGUUUGUAAGUUACAUAUAUAGGCGAAAAGAGAGGAAACCGUGAAAAGAGCAAGGAAAAAAGAAUGGGGGAAGCUCUUCUCACUACCCUGACAAUGGAGAAUUAUCACCCAUCCACACUUUUGUCAAUGGAUUCGGGUUCUUUUCCACCAGAUGAAUUCGAGAGAGAGGUGAACAGACCUAUGCUGCUUUCUCAGCCACCUGAUAUCAAUCUUCCGCUAUCUUCUGAACCGAGUCCACCUCCACUGGCAUGGAAUGAUUCAUGUGACAUCUUAGAUGUUAGCCUUGCACCUCAGACUUAUGAGUCUGAGGCAGUUGUCAAUAUCCCAAAAGUGGCUAAGAAAUGCAUCAAGCGUCUUGAUAGCGUAUGGGGUGCUUGGUUUUUCUUUACUUUCUACUUCAAGCCUGUUUUGAAUGGGAAGUCAAAGUCUAAGGUAACUAGGGAUGGCAAUGGUGUGUCUGGGUAUGACAAGUCGGACUUGCAGCUUGAUUCAUUCUUAGUUCAGCAUGAUAUGGAGAACAUGUAUAUGUGGGUUUUCAAGGAAAGGCCAGAAAAUGCACUUGGUAAGAUGCAGUUGAGGAGUUACAUGAAUGGUCACUCUCGGCAAGGGGAGCGCCCAUUUCCAUUUAGUGUGGAUAAGGGUUUUGUCAGAUCUCAUAGAAUGCAGAGGAAACACUACAGGGGUCUCUCUAAUCCUCAGUGUUUACAUGGGAUUGAAGUUGUGCCAUCACCAAACCUCUCUAAUAUCGAUGAUGAAGAGAAAAGGAGGUGGACAGAGCUUACGGGCAGGGAUAUAAACUUCUCUAUUCCUCCUGAAGCAAGUGAUUUUGGAGCUUGGAGGAACCUUACCAACACAGAAUUUGAGCUUGAACGGCCCCCUGCUCCUCUAAAGAGUCAUUUAAAUUCCCACCCUAGAAAAUUGCUUAAUGGUACUGGUUUGAACUUAUCAACUCAGCCAUUAGAGCAUAGUAAUGGUGAUGGGAUGGAUGCAUCACCUGUUUGCAACAAGCGGAAAAAGGAGUAUUUCCGGCAUGGAAAUGAUGAGGAUCCUUGUUUACCUAAUAAUUUGCAUUCUAACCGAGUUUUGGAUAUGAAAAUUCAUCCAGUCGAGCCAACAUGGUUGAAUGAAUUUAGCGGGGUAAUGAAGAAUGUAUAUGGGCCCGUUACAGCAGCAAAAACAAUAUACGAAGAUGAUGAAGGCUUUUUGAUCAUCGUCAGCUUGCCCUUUUCAGAUCUUCAAAGGGUGAAAGUUACUUGGAGAAAUACUCCCUCACAUGGAAUUGUAAAGAUAUGUUAUGUGAGUACAGCCUGCAUGCCAUUCAUUAAGAGACAUGACAGGACAUUUAAGCUAACAGAUCCAACACCAGAGCACUGCCCUCCAGGGGAAUUUAUUAGAGAAAUUCCCCUUCCAAACCGCAUUCCCGAAGAUGCUAAACUGGAAGCAUAUCGUGAUGAGACAGGAACAAUGCUUGAAAUUAUUGUGCCCAAGCAUCGUGUAGGACCAGAAGAGCAUGAGGUCCGUGUCUGUCUUCGCCCCUCCCCAUGGAGUGAACGAGCAUUUAUGGACCUGGAGGAAUCCAUAGUUUAAUACAUGUAAGGUUGUUAGAGUGGUUGGUGCUUCAUUGUUUACUAACCUCAUUCCAUAAGGAAAUCUGUGAAAUUAAAGCUGCAUUUUUUUUAGAUUACAUGGGUUUUUCUUCUCAUACCUUUUAUAAUUUUCGAUUUAUCUUUAGAUCAGUCCGUGGUGGUAUGUGGGUUGAUGAUUCAUCAUAGUUAUUGACAAUUCAUCUUUAUUGACUUAAUAACUGCUUUA